GGGAUGUCCCAGAAAUGCCAGCUGGGGAGGAAUCACUGAAGUCACCAGGAAGGCUAAAGUGCCCCUCUUGUGGGGAAAGCUUUGCUCACAAAUCUGCAUUGGGGAACAUUGGAAAAUUCACACAAGGGAGGUACCCUUUGAAUGCCUGCAGGUGUGGAGAAUGUUCAGCCGUCUUAACGGUCUCUCUUUACAGCAAGGACUGCCCACAGAGGAGAAACCUUGUGAGUGCCUUGAGUGUGGAAAGGGGUUCAGUGGAAGAAGAGCCCUUGAUUUACAUGAACAGAUUCACAAGGGGGAGAAACCCUUUGAGUGCCCGGAGUGUGGAAAGACCUUUCAAUUGAAGGGUGGAUUUACUGCUCAUCAAAGAGUCCACACAGGAGAGAAACCCUAUAAAUGCUUGGAGUGUGGCAAGAGCUUCACUCAGUGUUCAAAUAUUGCUCGCCAUCGGAGAAGUCACACGGGGGAGAAACCGUUUGAAUGCCAGGAGUGUGGCAAGAGCUUCACUCAGUACCCACAUCUCGCUCUCCAUAGGAGAAUUCACACAGGGGAGAAACCGUUUGAAUGCCAGGAGUGUGGCAAGAGCUUCACUCAAUACCCAAAUCUCGCUCGCCAUCGGAGAAUUCACACAGCGGAGAAAACAUAUGAAUGUCUUGACUGUGGAAAGAGCUUUGGGACCAAAGAAGUCCUUGAUGUUCAUAAAAGGAUCCACACAGAGGAGAAACCAUUUAAAUGCUCAGGGUGUGGAAAGGGGUUCAGUGGGAAAUGGCAACUCACCACUCAUGAACGAACCCACACAGGGGAGAAACCAUUCAAGUGUAUGGAGUGUGGCAGGUGCUUCAGUCGGAGCUCAAGCCUUGCUUACCAUCAUAUAAUUCACACAGGGGAGAAACCCUAUAAAUGCUUGGAGUGUGGCAAGAGCUUCACUCAGUACCCAAGUCUUGCUCGCCAUCGGAGAAUUCACACGGGGGAGAAACCAUAUGAAUGUCUUGACUGUGGAAAGAGCUUCGGGACAAAAGAAGCCCUUGAUCUUCAUAGAAGGAUUCACACAGGGGAGAAACCAUUCAAGUGUAUGGAGUGUGGCAGGUGCUUCAGUCGGAGCUCAAGCCUUGCUUACCAUCAUAUAAUUCACACAGGAGAGAAACCCUAUAAAUGCUUGGAGUGUGGCAAGAGCUUUACUCAACGCUCACAUCUCACUCGCCAUUGGAGAAUUCACACGGGGGAGAAACCAUAUGAAUGUCUUGAGUGUGGAAAGACCUUUCGAUUGAAGGGUGGAUUGACUGCUCAUCAAAGAGUCCACACAGGAGAGAAACCCUAUAAAUGCUUAGAGUGUGGCAAGAGCUUCACUCAGUAUCCAAGUCUCGCUUGCCAUCAGAGAAUUCACACGGGAGAGAAACCAUAUGAAUGUCUUGAGUGUGGAAAGACCUUUCGAUCGAAGGGCGGAUUGACUGCUCAUCAACGAGUCCACACAGGAGAGAAAUUCUAUAAAUGCUUGGAGUGUGGCAAGAGCUUCGCUCAGUACCCAAGUCUCGCUUGCCAUCGGAGAAUUCACACGGGGGAGAAACCAUAUGAAUGUCUUGACUGUGUAAAGAGCUUCAGGACAAAAGGAGCCCUUGAUGUUCAUAAAAGGAUCCACACAGAGGAGAAACUAUUCAAGUGUAUGGAGUGUGGCAAGUGCUUCAGUCAGAACUCAGGCCUUGCUUGCCAUCAUACAAUUCACACGGGGGAGAAACCCUUUGAGUGCCAGGAGUGUGGAAAGACCUUCCGAUUCAAGGCAAAAUUGACUAAUCAUCAAAGAGUCCACACAGGAGAGAAACCCUAUAAAUGCUUGGAGUGUGGCAAGAGCUUCACUCAGCGCACACAUCUCGCUCACCAUCAGAGAAUUCACACGGGGGAGAAACAUUUUGAAUGUCAUGAGUGUGGAAAGACAUUUCGAUCGAAGGCUGUAUUGACUACUCAUCAAAGUAUUCACACAGGGGAGAAACCGUAUGAAUGUCUUGAGUGUGGAAAGAGUUUCAAGGGAAAAGGAGAUCUUAAUGUACCUAAAAGCAAGCUCCUGCUGUCCUUCAAGCGGGAGACAGGACACGGUACCCGGGAGAAGUGAGCUGUGCUGGAUCCGGACUGAGGAGAAGCCAUGGACGAGGAGGAUGGAGACCUGGGACCAGCACAAGCCCUGGGCAGGGACUGGGCAAGGCAGCGGCUCUUCCUCUUCCUCUUCGGCAGCCCUGCCAGUCCCUUCCCAAACAUUUCCCCUCUCCAGGUCAGCUGAGGAGCUGAGUCCAGCGACCCUGGGGUGCUCCCAGGGCCCGUGCCUCUCCCAAAGGCCCCUCUCCGCAGUCCCCAGACAACACGCAGGCUAUCUCCAGUCUGCAGCUGGAGAUCCCCUUUUCGCUCGCUGAUGCCCGGGGAACAGCCUGGUUGCUUCUGGGGAUGACCGGGGGAUUGCAUGGAGCAGGGUCCCCAGAAGGUGGCCUGGGACAGCGUUCCAGCCCCUCUUGGCCUGGAAGCUCAGUAGGUGACCUUGAGCCCAUGUUAUGAGACCUGCCUUUGUUAGUUUUUAAAUUAUUGGUCCGUCUUAGUAUUUGUGAUUUUAGACCU